AUGUUGAUUUUUGCACUCAAUGGCCUAUGUGAUUCCCGAUUAGCGCCAUUGCAGAUUACCGUUGGGCCGAAUCGAGCUGGUAUUGUCAGCUUGUCUGAUGAUGCUGCCGCAGUCGUUUCUUCCAACACUAAUGAUUUAACUAAAUCAACAUUGUCUACGAAUAAGUGGAUACCACAAGCAUUGUUACGUUCACACCAACAAGCCAAUGGAAGUUUAGUUCGCACCCAAGAAGAGAAAGAUAAUGAUGUUUUUCGUCGCUGUCGUGCUUUGCUCAAUAAAUUAACGCCCGAAAAGUUCGAUAAGCUCGCUGAUGAUUUAGCUAAUCCAUCCUUCGGCAUCGAUUCACCACACCUAUUAAAAGGAGUCAUUUUAUUAAUAUUCGACAAAGCAUUAGCCGAACCGAACUAUUGUUCAUUGUAUGCUGAAUUGUGUCGUCGUCUGGAUCGUGACGCACCGAACUUUGAACCAGCUGAUACUUCAAUCCGAACAUUUCGUCGUUUACUCUUAGCGAAAUGCGAAUACGAGUUUGAGCAUCGUAUUCUUCUUGGACAUUCAACAACAGCAACAGAUAAUCCAGUCGAAGACGGUAUGAAUUUUCAAGAAGCGCGUAGUGAGGCACGCAAGAAAGCCAUUGGUAACAUCAAAUUAAUUGGUGAGUUAGGUAAACUUGAUCUUGUCUCCGAAGCUAUUUUACACAAAUGUCUGAAAACUUUGUUGAAACGUGGAACUAACGAAAAUCUUGCUGAACGCUGCGAAGAUCUCGAAUGUUUAACAAAAAUCAUGCAAACCGUCGGCAAGAAAUUAGAUCAAGGACAAGGGAAGAACCUAAUGGAUCAAUAUUUAGAACGUAUUAAAAAAAUUCAAAACCAAAAAGAUCUACCAUUGCGUAUCAAGUUCAUUCUCCAAGAUAUUGUCGAUUUACGUUCGAAUAACUGGAUACCACGUUUGGCAUUCAUCGAAAAAGAAACGAAAUUAACCGAUGAAGACGGAAAUCAACAAUCACAAAUCACAUAUAAAUAUCAACCAGCAAAUAGCAUGAUACCUUCGUUGGCACAUUCAUUUGCUUAUCCAUAUCACACAUCAAACACGCCAACGAGUCUCUUUCAGCGACCACCAUUCCACCCAUCGAUUCUACAACGUCCAAGAUCCACCCAAGUCACUUCAGAUAGAUAUCAAUUCGAAAGACUCAAUCCAUUAUCGACCGAACCAGAACUACCACCAUCUCCCAAACCACGUCAAACAUAUCGUACGACCAACUCUCCUAAAUCACGUCUCAAUCAACACGAUAGCUUAACGAAUCCAUUUGAUCUCUCAUCAUCGAAAGAAGUCGAUUCUUCACAUAAAUUAUCCAACGGUCAUCCAAAUCGUUCGUCGAACUCUCCCACAUAUACGAAUGGUCUGCCGGCAAAUGGUUCAAUAAAUCGUUCGAAUACAUCAGCGUUCAAUCUUCGUCCGAAACAUUCAUUCAAUCAUCGUGCACCGAUGACUGAUCGAGAAGAAAUGGAGGCAUCGAUCACUCCAAAGGUCACUGCUGACUCCACUAAAAAGCCAUCAUCGGAAAUUCUUGCUAAUCAUCCCUUAACAAAAAAUAUGAACAAUCUCUCAUCUUUAAUCAAAUCAAAAGAUUCCCACCACCACCAUCAUCAUCAUCACAAAGCAACCAAUCAAACAGCAUCAUCAACAACACGAGAGGAUUUAUUGUCGAAAUACAAUUCAUUUCUUCAGAUGACACUCGAUGAUUUCGAAAGCAUUCUCAAUGAUUUACGUAGUUUGAAACUAUCGAAAAAUCAAAUCAUCGAAUUUUUGCAAUAUGUUUUCGAUCAAUCGUUACAGGAAAAUAAUAAAAACAUUUUAUUCAUCGCUCGAUUAUUAAUUUAUUUGCAUAAAAAUACAUUUCUUACUAAUCAACAAUGUCUUCAAGUUUUAACAAAUAUCCUCUCGAAAAUUCAUGAUUAUGAAAAGGAAAUUCCUCUAUUCAAAUCCGAAUUAGCAACGAUCCUAGCAAAUAUUAUUUGGAUACCUCUCAAUAACGAACACGAUGAUUCAACAAGUAAAAACAAUGGAAAUACUUAUUCAAAAAAGAAUACAUCAGGAAUCUUGAUGUCACUGAGUGACAUAUGUGAACUACUCAAAGACGGUCAGCAUCAUCCACUAUUUCUUCUCAUCUUACAGCAAUUACAACAACUGUGUAAUAACGAUGAAAUCUACAUGUGCAAUUUACUUGAACGUUCUCGCAUAAAUAUGCGUGAUAUGUUGCCCGAGAGCGAACGUCAAGAUGCGGUCCUACUUCAAGUUCUCGAAGAUCGUCAUUUAGCAUAUCUUUGUCCUUAUUUGAAAUUUCGCGUGGAAUUAUUUGCUAAACUAUCCUUCUCGUCAUCAUCGAUCGACUCCAAUGAACUACUGGCAUUCAUUGAACAACAAACUAAAAUUUACGAUAAAACGACUCGGUCAUUUAUUCAAACACUAGUGACUUGUUUUUACGAAACAGCGAUAGGACCAACACUAGCUUCCUGUAAAACUGAUAAAACAACGCUGAAUCAAGAGAAACUUUUCAUUGAAACUCAUCGGCAAUGUUUGCAAACAUACUUGAAAACGGUUGAACAACAAGUGUGGGCGCUCUAUGAAUUACAAUUGAUCGCAUAUAAAAAUAACUUUCCCAAAGAGUUACUAUUACGUUUGUUCGUCUAUUCCUACGACUUAGACAUCAUUGAAGAAGACGCGUAUUUCAAAUGGAAAGAAGAUCUUAAUGAUGACAUACCUGGCAAAGGCAAAGCUUUGUUUCAAGUUAGCAAGUGGCUACAAUGGUUAGAACAUGCAAGUGAAGAAUCCGAUGACGACAAUGUCGACGAAGAAAAAACAGCUGGACAAGUGAUUUCGAAUGAUAAAGAAAAUGAUAUUGAUCUGAAAAAUCUAAAACAAGAACAAACUGCAUGA